AGACCUCCCCUCCCCAGUUGGUCCCGCUCCACCACCCCUCGGUUGCAUUCGUCCUGAACUCGCUCUCUUUUCCCCCACCACCCUCAUCUUCACUCGCGGUGGUUACUUUCAAUGGACAAUAACAUGGAGAUCGAUACGGCGCGGUCGCCCGAACCUCACCACCUCUCCCCGACCACCGACCCGGGGUCCAUACCCACCCUCGACGGAUGGAUCGAAAGCUUGAUGACCUGCAAGCAACUAGCGGAGGAAGAUGUCCGGAGGCUUUGUGAUCGGGCAAGAGAGGUUCUGCAGGAUGAGUCGAACGUGCAGCCCGUGAAAUGUCCAGUGACUGUGUGCGGUGAUAUACACGGCCAGUUCCACGAUCUGAUGGAGCUCUUCCGCAUUGGUGGCCCCAAUCCGGAUACAAACUACCUGUUCAUGGGUGACUACGUCGACCGUGGUUACUACUCUGUAGAGACCGUCACGCUCCUUGUCUGCCUCAAAAUCCGUUACCCCCAGCGUAUCACCAUUCUGCGAGGAAACCACGAAUCGCGCCAGAUCACGCAAGUCUACGGCUUCUACGAUGAGUGCCUGCGCAAGUACGGCAACGCUAACGUGUGGAAAUACUUCACCGACCUUUUCGACUACCUCCCCCUCACCGCACUUAUCGAGAACCAGAUCUUCUGUCUGCACGGCGGUCUGAGUCCGUCGAUCGACACCCUCGACAACAUCCGCUCUCUGGAUCGGAUUCAGGAGGUCCCGCACGAGGGUCCCAUGUGCGACCUUCUGUGGAGUGACCCCGACGACCGAUGCGGCUGGGGUAUCUCUCCCCGUGGUGCUGGAUACACAUUCGGGCAGGAUAUUUCGGAGGCAUUUAAUCACAACAAUGGCUUGACUCUGGUGGCACGGGCGCACCAGCUGGUAAUGGAGGGUUACAACUGGUCCCAGGAUAGAAAUGUGGUCACGAUUUUCUCCGCUCCUAACUACUGCUACCGCUGCGGUAACCAAGCCGCAAUUAUGGAAAUUGACGAGCAUCUGAAAUAUACCUUCUUACAAUUCGAUCCCUGCCCGCGCGCAGGAGAACCCAUGGUCUCGAGGCGCACACCCGACUACUUCCUGUGAUUUGAUUUUUGUGAUAGACAUAACCGGCUCACCUCUGGCAAGUUGAGGUUCUCCGACCCUUCGAAAGGGCUCCUGGGACG